AUGGAAGUCGUCCGUGCUGUCCCAGACGGCGCCGUCCAAGAGACCAGCUUCGAGGAUGACACGCAUGAGCACGUCACCAACGACGACACACGCCAGGAGGAACCAGACAAUAGGCAGUCGACACCUCGAGACGACAGCCAUACUUCUUCCUAUGGCUCGAUAUCGGUGAUCAGAGAGGGAAAUUCUCAUUCUACACCUCCUCUUUCGUCUUCAACUCCAGUUCAAGACACGCCGCCUUCAAAGCUCUCCGCUACCACCAAAUCGACCGACCGCGCCCUAGCACCCGACAUCUUGCGCGGCUUUUUCAUGAUCCUCAUGGCACUAGAUCACAACUUUCUCGUCCUUAGACCAUGGCCCAUUUCAUCCAUCAUCAUCAACCACAACAACAACGACAGCCAUGGCGAGCGAGACCAUGAUGACGUUCCGGCACACACGUGGAACCAACCCGUGGCUUACAUCAUCCGGCUCCUCACGCAUCUCUGGCCGCCUGGGCUUCUGUUCCUGCUCGGCAUGGGAAUCGUAUAUUUUGGCCAGUCGCGCAGGGCCUUGGGCUGGUCUGCGGGCAUGCUGGUCCGCCAUCUUCUCGUCAGGGUCGUGAUUCUCGUGGUUCUCAGCGUCUUGCUGGGGCUUUUGAUGACGCUGGGCAGGGUUUGGUUCAUGAGCCUUGUGUUGUUUGCGCUGGCUGUGGAUUACUUGCUCGUGGGCAUCCUGUGGCUCGUCAUCUCGCGGGCGGAGGAGACGUUGGCUUAUUGGCUUUUACAGGUCCUACCUGACGCCAAGAAGGAUGAUGCGAAUGAGCCCUUGCUGGCCGACCGACGUGGCCAUGAGGACAUUGCGCCGGAUCGAAAAAUCAUGCGGGCCGCAGACAUCUCAUGGCACUUCCACAACAUCGUCCUUCUGGCGCUGGCGAUAGUAUCGAUCUGGUGGAAUAUGUGGCGGUCGCCGAGCAGAGGAGAAGAAGGACACUGCAAGCCCGACGACGACAACAUCUCCGUCCUUCUGGCUUCUCCUUCAAACAACUGGUUUAGGGUUUGGAUCGACGUCUUUGUCACAAAGCAUGUCGCAUCUCUACAUCCACCGCUGGCCUGGCUCUCCUUUGUCGUCCUGGGUCUACUCUACGGUCGCGUCGUCGUCGGCAGGACAUGGACCAGAACGGCACUCACCCUGGGCAACGCCGUGUUUGGCCUGGUGUUCCUGCUGGUCUUCGUUCUAACCCGCCUGUUGCACUUUGGAAACCUCUCCGAGGGUUGCCUGCGGAUGCCGGAGCAUGCGGCCCAUCCCGACAGGAACCAGUAUCUCGUAUCCUGGCGCUCCUUCUUCUUUCUCCACAGAUACCCGCCCGAGGUGGCAUAUUGGGCAUACGCCAUGGGUGUUAAUUUCACCCUCCUCACCUUCUUCAGCGCCAUUCCACAUGUCAUUUCCUCUACCGUCUUGCAUCCGCUUCAGGUGGUUGGGACAUCUGCUUUCUUUUUCUACGUGGUCCAUCUUCUUCCCCUUUUCAUCUCGUGGUUGGUCUGGUCUCACAUAUAUGACCUUCCAAUGAGCUCAGGCCCUUGGUUGGGAGAUGACGAGGGCGUUCCUAGCGAGUGGGCGUUCUGGGUGAACUGGGCAGUCGUUUUGGUCAUCAUGUAUCUCCUGUGUAGGUGGUAUGGAACCUUCAAGAAGGCUCGAAGGCCUGACUCCCUAUGGAGGUUCUUUUAA